UCGGGUUCACGCUCCCGCGGAACCGUGUGUCUCUCUCUCUCUGUGGGUCUUUCUGUCUUUAAACACACACCACACACAAUCACACGCACACGCACGCAUCGGGCGGAGAGAGACUCCCCACACUGGUGUCCCCUGUGUGCGCCCUAACCGACUACUGGCCACCGCAUCUACCUAGUCCAACUUGAUUUCUCCCGGAGACUAAAUUUCAGGGUUUUUUGUUUUUGUUUGAUUCAAAAGCUAGGGGUUGGGGGUGGUGGUGGAUGUAAUCUUUACCGCCUUUACCUAAAACCUGAAAGGAGUGGCGUCCACAGAAAAGUUUAUUGCUAAGAGAGGUUCUUGUUGGCACUGCUCCUGUCAUUCAUUGUCAACCGCUGCCAGGGAGCUCCCGCCCCGCGCUGCCCCGCCCCUCCCGGGAGCCACAGCUGGCAGGGCUCUAGUGUCCUCUGCACCCGGCCAGCAGCUAGGACGACCAUGGCGAACGCUCACCGCCUCCUGCUGGAGAACGCACGGCAAGUGGUGCUGGUGUGCGCCCAGGGCGAGCGCUUCCUGUCCGGGCCCGCGCUGCGCAGCCUGGCGGUGCUGGAGGGUGCCAGCCUGGUGGUGGGAACUGAUGGGCUUAUAAAAGCUAUUGGCCCUGCUGACGUUAUCCAAAGACAGUUUUCUGGAGAAACUUUUGAAGAAAGAAUUGACUGCUCUGGGAAAUGCGUCUUACCAGGUUUGGUGGACGCGCACACACAUCCUGUAUGGGCUGGUGAAAGAGUUCAUGAGUUUGCAAUGAAGUUGGCAGGGGCCACGUACAUGGACAUUCACCAGGCCGGAGGAGGGAUUAACUUCACGGUGGAGCACACUCGCCAAGCCUCGGAGGAGGAACUGUUCUGCUCCUUCCAGCAGCGGCUGCACUGCAUGAUGAGGGCUGGCACCACGCUGGUGGAAUGCAAGAGCGGCUAUGGCCUCAACCUGGAGACCGAGCUCAAGAUGCUGCGCGUAAUCGAGCGCGCCCGGCGGGAGCUGCACCUGGGCCUCUCUGCCACUUACUGCGGGGCUCACUCAGUCCCCAAAGGAAAAACUGCCAUUGAAGCCGCUAAUGACAUCAUCAGUAACCACCUGCCGAGGCUGAAGGAACUCCGCAGAACUGGGGAACUACACGUUGACAACAUAGAUGUGUUCUGUGAGAAGGGUGUCUUUGAUCUGGAUACCACCAGAAGGAUUCUUGAAGGUGGAAAAAAGAUGGGGUUGCAGAUCAACUUCCACGGGGAUGAACUCCACCCGAUGAAGGCUGCCGAGCUGGGAGCUGAACUGGGCGCACAGGCGAUCAGUCACCUGGAGGAAGUAAGUGACGAAGGCAUCACGGCCAUGGCUGCGGCUGGCUGCUCGGCUGUCCUUCUGCCUACCACGGCCUACAUGCUGAGGUUGAAGCAGCCUCGAGCCAGGAAGAUGCUAGAUGAGGGAGUCAUAGUUGCCCUGGGCAGUGAUUUCAAUCCCAAUGCGUACUGCUUUUCAAUGCCGAUGGUCAUGCACCUGGCCUGUGUGAACAUGGGAAUGUCCAUGCCGGAGGCCUUGGCCGCUGCCACCAUCAAUGCAGCUUAUGCGCUGGGGAAAUCUCACACACAUGGAUCUUUGGAAGUUGGCAAGCAGGGGGAUCUCGUCAUCAUCAAUGCGUCCAGAUGGGAACAUCUGAUUUACCAGUUUGGAGGCCAUCAUGAAUUAAUAGAUUAUGUUAUAGCUAAGGGAAAAGUCGUCUAUAAAAAGUAACAGAUCUGGAACAAUGAGAUGACUCAAGAGUUACUCUCUGACCUCCACAUACUGACUGUGGUAUGUACAGGAUCCCCUCCACAAAUAAAUGUAGUAAGAUAAAAAUAUAUUUUGAAAAUGAUAGAUCUGGAAGACAGGAGAAGACACCUUCUCUGUAUCAAAUAAGUCCACAUAAGUUAGAGGACUUCAGUGGCUUGCAAGAACUACGUCACUUAAGCCUAAUCAUAUGCCACAUUCUGCUGUUCACUUGAAAAGCCAAGGGAUUGACCUGUUUGACUUGAGUACGUGUACUUGGAUGUGUAAACAGCAAACCUGUUGUGAUGAAAUGGAGAGUUGUUUUCCCAAGAUUGGCUACAGAUAUUCUGUGAUAAGUAUGAUGAGAUAGCUCAGACAUUCCUCUGUGGGAGAGACAAACUUAGCCUGAGAGCUCUGUUUUGGUUUUGUAAGUGAUCUGUCCUGAUGAGGCCAACAGUACCAUUUCCUAAGAAGCAAAAAGAAUCUUCUCUCUCCACAGUUUGUCUUAUGAGAUGCUUUCUAGUCAGAAAAGGCCUUCUGGGGCAGAGGUGGCCAUCCAUUUUUUUGUUUUGUUUUACGAGACAGAGUUUCUUUGUAUUGUUUUGGAGGCUGUUGGUCCAGCCCGACCUCGAACUCACAGAGAUCCGCCUGCCUCUGCCUCCCGAGUGCUGGGAUUAAAGGUGUGCGCCAUCACUGCCCGGCUGGCCUUCCAUUUUUAACAUCUUGUCAGCCUUUGAAAUGAAACCACUACAGAGCGCAAGACGUGAUGUCUUGCACAGACAGGGAAACUUUCCUACAUGAACACAUUUAAAUCAAUGCCUAGGGUAGCUCUAAAAAAAAUCUUUAUGUUAAAUUUUUUCAUAUCACAAAGCCAUGGAAAAGAUUGUGUUGCUCUCAAUAAAUAUUUGCUGUUAUAGCAUUGUUGCUUCCUGACAGCUCCGGAAGCAGAUCAUCGGUGUUGCCUACAGAGUGUUUUGAAAUGUUCAAAGAGCAAAUCACAAAAUCAUUUGCAGAGUGAAUGAUUAUUUGUAUAACUGGUAUUUCUAAUGUCACAUCAGCUUACUCAAAAACCUGUAAAAGUGUCUCCAUGAUCUUUGUAAUCAUAACAUUAUCAAACACUGUCCUAUUUACAAGGUAGUGAUUUCACAAACAAGCAUUGGUUGCUAUGCCAUUACCAAAUUCAGAGCCUGAAUUAGUGAGGUGUUGUUAUAUUCAGUGGAAAUCAAAAUACCGCAUUAAUAAAAUUUUGCUGUUGGAACAAUA